CCGAGAUGGAUGUCGCUCUCGGGGCAGAGCUAUCGAGCGGACGUGCCGCAAGGUCAGCCGCCAGGAACGCGCUUUCACGUAACGAUUUCAGUGGUUAACUGUCAUUUUCCUGGAGAGUGAAAAAGACUGUUGAAGAGGUGACUUUAUGAACUGGAAAGAGGUGCCGAUGGACAGGAGAGCACACAGGACAGAUGGGUCUUAUUCUCGACAGACAAAACCCAUGCAGAUCCAUCCCCACAAUGGCAAUGCAUAAAACUGGAUGCAAGUCCUACAGAAAGCAGCUAAACGUCUCCACGCUUCUGUAGACCUAAGAAAACACUCCCAAAAUAAGGAGGAGUAUGAUUUGUUACCUAUUGCAAGCAGUCCUGGGCACAACAGUGAUCCCAUUAUGUGGGCCUGGUGAAAUGGAGAACUGCACAACAGCUCUAAUCCAGACAGAGAACAGUCCACGUGUGGCUCAAGUUGGGAUAACUAGAUGCAAGCCUGAAAUGAAGGACUACUGCUUCCACGGACAGUGCGUGUACAUAGUGGACUUGGAUGAGCACUAUUGCAGGUGUGACGUAGGCUUCUCUGGCGUGCGAUGUGUGCAUUCAGAACUUGUCAGACAACCCCUCAGUAAGGAGUACGUGGCACUGACAGUUAUCGUAGUUCUGCUUUUCCUCAUCGCCAUCUCUAUUGCAAGCUACUACAUCUGGAGAAGGUACCGAAGCAAGAAGAGACAAACGAACGCCAGCGAAUACAAGGAGGUUGGUGCCCUGUAGAAGAAACGGUGACUUCCUACAGUGUUCCGUUCAUGUGGAUGGACUCAGUGGCUUCCCGUCUAUUUAAAUGUUAUUUUUAUUAACAAUAUUUACAAUAUUUAUAUCCUUUUAAAAAUUUCAAUUGUUUGGUGAUACAAUCAGUAUAGGUCAAGCAUUUUAUUUUCAGUGUUUUAUUUUUUUAUUAAAUAAUAUUUCCUAAUGAGAACCCCUCCUAAGUGGUUCUGUGGGAUAGAGAUAUAUUUUUAUAAAGACUCAUCUUCUUACUCUGAAGAGUAAUUUUAUAUUUAUUCUUGUGAAUAUGCUCAAAACAAUUCUAAUCCUUGAAAUAAAAGUUCUAGACAAACUCAAAA